GUGUUCUUCAAAUACGUCGAGUUCAGGAAGCGCUAAGAAUCCCAAGCAGUGGUGAAAGUGAAGCCAUCUAUACCUGGCUUGAAGUAAACUGUCCAAAAAUAAAAGCAAAUUGCACUUCUGUGUUCUUACAUGAGACACAGAUAACUGACAUUUGUUAACGAGCUGCCGUUUGACUAUGGGAGCAAACAACAGCACCCGCCGCGUGUCAUUUGAAUCAGACGAGAACGACAAUAUAACGGUGGUGAAGGGCAUACGGCUUUCUGAAAAUGUCAUUAAGCGCAUGAAGGAACCUGCAGCUCAACAACCUACUACCACUCCAUCACCCCCAGCAGCUCCGGCUUCUCCUCUUCAGCGGCCAGUGCCUCCCCUUUUUGAGCCCAUCACCUCCUUUCCUCCUCCCCCUCCUCCUCUUGUUGAACCUGUUGCACCUCCAGCUCCUCCUCAGUCUGCCACAGAGUCUGUGGCUGCACCUCCACCUCCACCUCCCGUAGAAAAGCCCAAAGUUGAACCAGUGCCCGAGUCCAAACCAGUCCCACCAUCUCCUGCUGCAUCAGUUGCCGAUGAGGAGGCCCUGAGGAAGAAGAUCGCUGAUGAGCUGUAUAAAGACUUGAAGCAAGAGAGGGCCAAGGUAGAGCAAGAGCUGCAAGCCUGGGCAGAGGCAGAGAAGGCCCGGGCAUCAGCACAGGCACAUGCUGAGGCUAAGUCCCAAGUGCACGGUGAAGUGUCCAGGCUCCUGUCUGAACAGCGAGCUGCGGUCCAAGAGAGCCUUCAGCAGGCUUUCAUACGGGAGAGGAUUGCUGCUGAGGAUGAGAAGCUCCGUGCUCACCUAUUAGAGAUUGGAAGGAAGGCCAAGCAGGUGGAGGCCAAGGAAGCAGAUCUAAAGAAGCAGGAUGCUUUUUACAGAGAGCAAGUGGCCCGGCUGGAGGAGAGGAGUUCUCAGUUCUACAAGGUCACCACUGAGAAUUUCCACAAAGCUGCAGACCAAGUGAAUGCCAAAUUCAGGAGGUAUGAGGCGUAUCCUGUGUGUGCAGACCUGCAGGAACAAAUCCUCACAUGCUACAAAGAGAAUGUGGGGAAAACCCUUCACUGCUCCAACAUAGCAGCCCGUUACCUGCAGUGUGUCAACGAUGCCAAACAGAACAAGUUGAAGACUGGGGGAUAAAGAAGAGAGGGCGAGAGAGAAGGAGCAAUGAAGAGUUUAUUGUGGGGGAUUUCUGAUUAUUGAGCGACUGACAGACUAAACCAGAGUGGAGGAAGAGGGGGAUGAGUCAGCACCGAGAAACACACCCUCAAAAACCCAGUGGAGAACCAACCCAGAAAAGAACCAGAUUAGAGGCACCGAGCACAGCACCUUCAGAGAAAAACACCUUUCCCUUCAAUACUUACCUCUUCAGCACCUCUUUUACCCUGUGUCUUUCUCUCCUGUGAGUGUAGCAGAGGAGCAGUGACACUGUCCUACAUUGUGGAGAAACAUCAGGUACCAGCAGGGAUCAGACGGCCUGAGCUUGGCCCUCUGAAAAGGGACAAUGAUUAACCAGCACUGCCUCAACAAAACCAGUCACCUCUGUCCCUUGGACCCUUCUCCACACUCUCCCACUUGGAAAAAUAGAAGUCUAUUUUAUUGAUAAGUCAAAUCUAUUUUGUUGUCCAUAAUUUGUUGUUUCCUUGCUCCUAAUGCAUCAUUGUGUACACAAAUGCACGUGUGUUUCCUGUUUGCAUCCGUUUACUUUGUGUGUUAUUAAUAAUAAAACCAUCUGUGUGUCUGUGUAUCUAGACCAACACUUGUGACAAUGUCUGAGCAGGAAAUAAAAAGACAAAAUAAAGCAGAAGCUGUUGCUGAACUUUUCUCCGUAAA